AUUUGUUGGUUAGGUUGAUAUUGAUAGUUGGCAAAGUUUGACUUUGUUAGUAUAAUUUAAAAUAAUUGUAAGGGGAAUUAUCGUUUGUAAUAAUAAACAUUUAAUAAAUAAUAAUAAUGUCCACGGCUGCAAGACCAACGUUUGAUGGAGCACGAGGUGGACAAGGACGUGGUGAAAAAGAUUUAAGUGCGAUUUCAAAGCAAUACAGUAGUCGUGAUUUACCUUCACACACUAAAUUAAAAUACAGAGAACAUGGACAAGGAACAGUUGACGAAUUACGUAAUCGAGAUUUUCGUCGUGAAUUGGAAGAACGUGAACGCGAAAAAGAUAAAUCAUCAGCGGGUAAUCGUCGUAUGAUUGAACCAGCACGCGAAGCUGCACCAUCUUCGAAACGUCAAAAAGUUGACCAAGCACCGGCAGCCAGUCUAGAUGCUGACGAUCCAUUAGAUGAGGAUGAAUCUGACUCAGACAGCGAUGAAGAUGACACUGCGACACUGCUCGCAGAGUUACAACGAAUUAAAAAAGAACGUGCCGCUGAUCAAGCAAAGAAAGAAAUGGAAAAACGCCAAGAAGAAGAGAGAAUACGAAUGGAAAAUAUUUUAUCGGGAAAUCCUCUUUUGAAUUACUCGGCUCAAGUCACAAGGACAGACAUGAAAGUUCGUAGGCGUUGGGACGACGAUGUUGUUUUUAAGAAUUGUGCACGUUCCGAGCCAAAAAAGAAACACGAUGUCUUCAUCAACGAUUCGCUGCGCAGUGAAUUCCAUAAAAAAUUCAUGGAAAAAUAUGUUAAAUAAUUAAAUUUAUCAAUACUAUUAUUUAUUAAUUCUAAUUUAUGUUUAAGAUAAAAUAAGUCGUCAAUAAUAUUUAUACAAUUAUA